UUUUCUCGUAGUACUGGACGUAUAUGGACGCGGCAGAUCAGAACCUUCAGCUAUGUCGAUGUUAUCACAUGGAUUUAAAAGCAGCAAGCAAGACUUCACAUUUGGGCCAUGGAAAGUCACCUCAGCAAAAACCCAUAUUAUGAAAUCUAAAGAUAUCGAGCAGUUAGCGGAGGAGAUGCACAUGCCGUCUCUCCCCGAGAUGCUUUUUGGAGACAACGUGCUGCGCAUUCAGCAUAACGAAGGCUUCGGCAUCGAGUUCAACGCUAUCGAUGCCCUCAGGCGUGUCAACAAUUUACGAGACUCUGUGCAAGUCGCAUGUGCCCAGGAGUGGCAGGAAAGCAGAGCCGAUUCUGAGCACAAGGAUGUAGUAAAGCGGUAUGACUGGACGUACACAACAGAUUACAAAGGCACAUUGCUUGGUGAAGACCUGCAGAUAACAGUGUCUCCUACAUCAGACCGGAUAGACCUGGAGAAACUGAAGGCUCGGGAGCAGAUCAUGUUCUUUGAUGACGUGUUGUUGUUUGAGGACGAGCUUCAUGAUCAUGGUGUAUCUAUGAUCAGUGUGAAAAUUAGAGUGAUGCCAACUAGUUUCUUUGUGCUGCUGCGCUUCUUCCUGAGAGUGGAUGGAGUUUUGAUUCGGAUCAACGACACGCGGCUCUAUCAUGAGGCUGGGAAAAACUACAUGUUGCGGGAGUUCAGCUCACGAGAAAGCAAAGUGUCAGCUCUAAAGCAUGUUCCUCCUGCCUUUUACACAGACCCUAAUGAGAUUGUUCAGCAUUUACCACUAACACUCACAGAGUGUGAGAAACUCGAGUUCCCAGAGUCACAGCCACCAACCGGAUCUCCACAGUGACGCACAGACUACAUGUCAAACCUCAGAGUGCUGAUCUAGGAUCAGUCUGUUGCCUCUUACUGCACACAGCUAUAUACAUGCAAUGCUCACUGAACCCAUAUCAGCAUUCAGACAUGGAGGAAUUUGAUGCCUGUGAACCCUGAAAUGGAGCUGUAACAAGCUGCAGGGAGGUAUGUUCCUAGAAUGCAGGUCCAUCAGCUCCCAGCUCUCUCUAAAGACUUUUCUAAUUAAUAAAACACUCACUGUCAUCCUCGAGUCAGAGUCUCUGUUACUGGCUCAUUAAAUCUGUUUGAGAUGUAUUCACACAGUGUAACCAAAAUGGUUAGUUUUGUUUUUUUUUUUAAAUCAAGUAGAAAAGGUAGUUUUUUAUCAUUUUGAGGGAUGCUGGGAAACAAGAAUUGCAGAAUGAUUUAUUAAAAGUAUGUGUUCGUAAUUGUCA